AUGAGCGACAGUAGGCUCGGGCAGGUGGUAUCAUGGUACAUUUGUACCGUAGCGGCAGUACCUUUCGUUGCGCUGCGCAUGUAUGCGCGGUGGAAGAGGCUAGGCAACCUGGGCAUCGACGACUUCCUUAUUCUCCUUGCAAUGGCUUGUCUGAUUGGAGAUCUAGCGAUCCAGCAGCACAUGUGGAGUCUAGGGCUAAGAGACAUGUCGACAGUGACACCGGACAACUUCAAAGGAAUAAUGCAGAUGAUUAUCCUCGGAUCAACACUCUACAUCACGUCGCUCUGGGCCAUCAAGUUCGCCCUCGUCUUCUUCUACAAGAGCCUCGCUGCGCCGGGCUCUCGACUGGUGCUUGUGUAUAACUUUGCACUUGCAGGCUUGCUUGUCACGUACCUGGUCAUCUUCUUCGAUAUCAUAUUUCAGUGCUACCCGCACAAUAAGCGAUGGUCCAAUGAUCCAAACUAUCAAUGCAGUCCCAGAGCCGGCAAGAUCAACUACUGGAUCACCACCUUAUUCAACAUCUUCACGGAUGUAAUCAUCAUGUGCCUGCCCAUCGCAAUGGUGUCUCGCCUGCAGAUGAAAUUGAAGCAAAAACUCGGAGUAGCCGGAAUCUUCGCCCUGGGUUUCUUCGUAGUAAUAGCUAGCAUCGUCCGAGCCUACUACUCCACGAAGAACGAAAUAUUGCUAACAUUCACCGUCUCCAGGAUCGAAACCGCAAUCGCCAUAAUAGCCACCUGCCUCCCCGCCCUCCGCUCCAUGAUCCUCGGCACAAAUAACUCCUCUAACGGCGGCGCCUCAAACAGCCACGGCGGCCGCCACUACGAGCUCUCCUCCGCACGCCGCAAAGCAAACGAAAACCGCAUUACUGCCUCUAACAACGCCAACCAGACAUCUAGAGGCUUGCACUCGACGCACGAUACCCGGAACCGAGCGAACGGAUCAGAGGACUCGUUGUUUACUGAUCCGCCGUCUACGGGCGUGGAGCAGUAUGUGGGCUACAAAGGGAUUACAGUGGAUACGCAGAUUGAAACCAUGUUCGAGGAGUCAAGGAAUACCCCUUCUGCAAGUUCAGAAGCGCAAUGGCCAUUUCGAUAG